AUGGGGGUGCUCUCUGAUUUAUUAGGUGAGCGGGGCAUUAUUGAUUUGGGUGUAGCUAAGAAUGCGACGGUAGAGGAGGCAUUAUUAGUUACUAGUAGAAGAAGAAGUCAUUGUAGAGGCUUGUUAAAUGAUUUGGAAAAGGAGUUGAGUACAGUUGCGAGUAAUCUAAAUGUAGUUAAUGAAGAUAUCAGUCUCUGGAAGGGGAAGUCAAGAUAUCGACAGAAGUGUAUGACUAGUGAAACUUGGGAGUUGUUGAGGGUUUCCAAACCCCAGUGUGCUUGGGGUAGAGGGAUCUGGUUUCCUCAGGCUGCUCCUAAAUUUGCUUUUAUAUCUUGGCUUGCGGUGCUCAACAGAUUAUCGACUUUGGACAGAGUUGCAGUAUGGAGCCAGGGGGUGGAUACAACCUGUCUACUUUGUCAAUCUGCUACUGAGUCAAGAAGCCAUUUGUUUUUCGAGUGUUCCUACUCGGGGCAGGUGUGGGAGAAAAUGGUUAAAGGCAUAUUAGGGAACGAGUUCACUAAUGAUUGGGUUGGGAUUGUGGGGCUCAUUUCUGAUGCGACAAGAGAGAAGAAGUCUUUGUUCUGUAUCAGAUAUGCUCUACAGGCGGUGCUGCAUGCAGUCUGGCGUGAGAGAAAUAAGGUAAAGCAUGGUGGAAAGCUAAUGCCGUUACCGAUUCUGCAGAAACUGGUUGAUAAAGGGAUUAGGAACAAGAUCAGUGUAUUGAGAAUGAGGGGAGUAAGAGAUAUGGAGUUGCUGAUGCAGUUUUGGUUCCAAACUAGAUUAUAA